AUGGAUGUAUGGCAGAUUCAGGUCCCGCAACUUGCCCUACAGUUUGAUUUUCUCAUGAACGGUAUCCUAGCGCUGGCAUCAUUGCAUAUUGCCGCGACACUAGAUCCGCCAGCGUCUUUCGUGUAUAUGGAUACGGCUCUACAGCAUCAUAACCUCACGUUUGCCCCAUUCCGAGCAUCUAUCGAUAAUCUGACUGAACAGAAUUGUGAUGCUGUGCUGGCGCAAUCUAUUAUCACAACCGUGUUCGGUAUUGCUUUGCCGCGGGUAACAGCUGUGCGUGGGGAGAACUCGAAUAUGACCGAAAACAUCGUCGUUAUUUUUGAGCUUCUACAGGGAGUUAAGAACAUCAUUAGUGUUGGCCAGUCCUGGAUCAAACUCAAAAUGUAUCCGAGCGAAAAGGACCUCAGAAGCGACGGCCUAAGUAUAGAUGAUGAAACCCAAGUGGCCUUGGAUCGACUGGCCACACUGAAUGAUGAGACACUAGCCAGCAUUGAUACAGAGCAACAUCGUAUCAACCAAGAUGUGAUUUCCCAUCUUCUCCACUGCUUCACAAUGUACACCCAUUCUGGAAGUCCCGGCAGCGUUCUCGCCUGGGUGGCUGCGAUGGACAAAGAGUUCGUGGACAAUGUCCGGCGUCGUCAGCCCUUAGCUCUCCUGAUUCUCAUGCACUUUGGUGUACUCCUUGGGGAGUUAAAUGGCCAGUGGUGGUGGGCUGAGGGCUCGGGUCGAGCCUUGGUUUCUGAACUCCUGCACAACCUGCAGCCAGCUAAUCCUCGUUGGGCAGAUUCAUUGGCUUGGCCUCGGCGCAAGAUGGGCCUGUGA